AUGGUCGAUAUGGUGGAGUUGAAACCGUUCGAGUCUCGGCCAAUCGAAGAGCUCAUCAAUCAAUUGUAUGCAAUCGCCGAGUUGAAAACAACUGAUGAUAACACUGAAGAGAAAAAACACGCUCUCUAUACUCACCCGAAACUUGGCGUUUUGCGACACUGUCUUCUCGAGGCAAAGGAUCGAUAUAGAAUUUCAAAUGUGCAUGAGGAUCCAGAUGAAAAAGAUGGUAUCCAAGAAAUCGCUCGUCUUGACAACAUGCUUUUGGGUCACGGAAUUGCGGGCGAUGGAAUCCCCGAAGUGCCAUCGAGUGUCGCCGAGGAUCACGAGGAUUACAGGGCAAAACUGCACGAACAAAAGGACAAAUAUGCUCAAUUUAUGACCGAAGCCGCAAAGUAUCAAUCUCAUUUUGUUGACAACGCUGUGAAACUUCUUGACGAACAUGGACGAAUUCGACCAAUCACACAAGACGAAAAAGAACGAAUGGCAGCUGUUGUGCAACGAAAAUUCCGAAAAGUUCAUAUUUACAUCAAGCAGGCUGUUUGCGAGAACUUGAUGCUGCUCAAAAAUCGUUUUUGUGAUGCAAGGAGAAAACGCCGAAACUUCUCCAAGGCGGCCACCGAUAUUUUAAACGAAUAUUUCUUUGCGAAUAUCAACAAUCCAUAUCCGAGUGAAGAACUGAAAGAGGAAUUGGCACAAAGGUGCAAGAUCUCUGUUUCACAGGUGUCAAACUGGUUUGGGAACAAGCGAAUCCGUUUCAAGAAGAGCAUGGGUCGAGGCAAUGUCCCACAACCACCACAAUCAGCCGCUCCUUCAAUGCCUCCUCCAGCUUCAAACAACUCAUCCUCAACACUGCAACCUUAUGGGAUGCUUGGAAUGCCAUCAAUGAUGCCUUAUGGUUUGUUGGGUGGAGCGGAUCACCUGACAAUGGGCGGUUUUGACCUCACCGCCUACAAUCCACAAAUGAUGGCCUACUACUCGAGCUUUGGCGGUGGCGGUGAUUCGAUGCCGAAA